AUGGCGUCCCCAGCUUCCCCUCGCCUUCCCAGUCCACCGCCGAUUCCAGAAGACCAGUUGUCGCCCGGACCAGUCUCCCUCGAACAACAGAAGCUGGUUAGCAAUCUUGAUCAUGCCGCUGAGAGGAGGAUACGGCCCGGCACGAAAGCUGAGGACAUGGCCGAGGGACCUCCGCUGGUCGACUUGUCAGAGAUCGACUCGGCCUUCCAGCUUACAGAACAUCUCAAGGCACUCCACAACUUCCUCACACACCCCAUUGGAUCGAACAGCACAAUACCGGUUGAUCGAGACAUGGCAUACAAACUCUCGCAGGCGCCCGAGAACGUGGACAAAACAUUAUGGCUCUACGAGCUGUGCCGCUUUCUCACCCAAAAGGUCAACUCCAUCAUCGUAGCUCUCUUCAGCGACAGCCCGCCAUGCUCGUCUUCGACCUGCCCCGAGAUGCGCGCAUCGGAAUGGCAGUACCUCUGUGCAGUCCACGACCCACCAAAGUCAUGUUGCGCCAUCGAUUACUGCUGUCACACCCUAGAUUGGGCCGCCAACACACUCACAUCACCCAAGCACUUUCCCUCGAGAUUGGCGCUAGGCACCGACCAGUCUACACAACACUCACAAAUGCGUCAAUUGACCAACAUCUUUAGGCGCGUGUACAGAAUAUUUGCGCAUGCGUGGUUUCAACACAGGGACAUGUUCUGGAAAGUCGAGGGCCGCACAGGGAUAUACGUCUUCUUCAAGACUGUUUGCGAUGUGUACGGGUUGAUUACAGAGGAGAACUACACCAUCCCUGCUGAAGCAGAAGGCAUCGAGCCACCGACUGAGAGGAGAACAUCGGUGCCACCCCUGAUUCUCAAGCGGGAACCCUCGGAGCUUAGCAACUACGAGUCGGAUACCGGCACAACAAUUGGAGGCUUGACGGACCAUUCGUUAUCUAGUGCUACAACAAAGAGACAUCGGCACUCGCCAUCUAUAGGCGCAACGGCGGUACAGACCGUUGUAGAGGAGAAUGAAGAGGAAGAGGAACGGGCGACGCUACAACCACGGCCCGUUACACAAAUCUUCGAGUCGUCGGAGCAAGAUGACGAGAGUGAAAGCGAGCAAACAGUGGUGGAGGAUGAGCAGGAGGAGGAGGAAACCAAAUCUAAUCAUGAGACGGCUCCACAAGUUGCAACAGAGGCCGCAGAAGCAACAGCAAAGCAGAGUAAAGAAAGCGUGGAAUCUCCAGAGUCAGAUGAUGCCGCGGCGACUAAAGCAGACGAGCACGCUGGCACAGAGGUGCCAGGUACCGAAACAUCUGAGACAAGCGCGGAACCUAUAGCAGGUAAGGAAGAUGCCGAGGAGGAGGAAACGUCAAAGUCGACAGGGACUGAGCCAUGCGCAGAAAAGUCUGAGAAAGUAGAGGCGACCGAUGCUGGCGCCGAAACAGAGGACAAGGCUGACGAGGGCAAGAAGGCAGGGGAGGAAUCGUAG